AGGCUGGAAAGGUUUCCCGGUUUGGUCAUGACAAUAGGGCUGUGCACCUUAUUUCGGGGUGCAAAAAACACACACUGAACAACACCCUUUUUGCCCUCUAGCGCACUGGCCGUCCACUGCUGCAGUAACACCCAUCCGCACUGGCUGCAACCCCCUCGAUUCCAUUGGCGGGCCUGUCCCGUCACCGGCAGCCACCCAUCAACCCUUCCCUUUCGGUCAUGUCAAGCCACUGCACCAUUGCAGUACCAAGGGCACAUUGCAGUGCCAUAACAGUCCCUACGGUACUCCAAGGAACCAUCCGGGCGCUGCGGGCGGCAGGCUUGCGCAUUCAAUAUGUCGGAGGAUACGGCCACCUUCACGAUAUCGCGACUACGACUACGACUGCGAUUGCGACCCUGAGUCCCUACAUCUGCGACAAGGACAAGACCGAAAGAAGCAGGUUAUUCUUGCUUCUUGGCCACUGGACUUUGUCUCUCGCAGAUCCCUCGAGGCAACAUGCAGUUCUGGGCCUGGCAAUGGGCGAGAUGCUUAGGACUCGUGAUUCACCCGGCUACAGUACAGUGAGCCAAAGCAAAACGUCCAUCAUCGAGUUUGUACAUGUCUUGGAGUGGAUAGAUGUGAUGGCUGCAAUUUCCCUACGUUCGGAUGGCUUCCGUUCAAGACAGUGCUUACACCCAAAGACACACUAGAAAAGUGUAAAAUGCGUAGGAAAGAGAGAACUCGGAGGCGGAGAGAUACAAUAGGCACAGCACCGGCGCGGUCUGCAAAGAACGGUGCGGGGAUCAAAUCGUCCAUGCUAGAGUCCCAAUAGCUUGUGCUGUC